UCGCUUACACAGUAUGGCCGGCGACAUUAGCUAGCGCUCGCUCAAACUCUCUCUAACGGGGAAGCAGCGGACUACAAGAGACUGGACUGUAUCUGCCUCUUUUUUUUUUUCCUACAGACUCUCGUUCAACUUUCAAACACACAAAAAAGCCGGGAAAAUUUUAUUAAUCCUUUUUUUUAAAAAAAGUUAAUAUAAAAUAUAGCAAAAAAAAAAAAAAACCACCUGAACUUUAGUAACACAGCUGGAACAAUCCGCGGCGGCGGCGGCGGGAGAAGAGAUUUAAUUUAGUUGAUUUUCUGUGGUUGUUGGUUGUUCGCUAAGUCUCACGGUGAUGGAAGCUGCACAUUUUUUCGAAGGGACCGAGAAGCUGCUGGAGGUUUGGUUCUCCCGGCAGCAACCCGACGCCAACCAAGGAUCUGGAGAUCUUCGUACCAUCCCAAGAUCUGAGUGGGACAUACUUUUGAAGGAUGUGCAAUGUUCAAUCAUAAGUGUGACAAAAACUGACAAGCAGGAAGCUUAUGUACUCAGUGAGAGUAGCAUGUUUGUCUCCAAGAGACGUUUCAUUUUGAAGACAUGUGGUACCACCCUCUUGCUGAAAGCACUGGUUCCCCUGUUGAAGCUUGCUCGGGAUUACAGUGGGUUUGACUCAAUUCAAAGCUUCUUUUAUUCUCGUAAGAAUUUCAUGAAGCCGUCUCACCAAGGGUACCCACACCGGAAUUUCCAGGAAGAAAUAGAGUUUCUUAAUGCGAUUUUCCCAAAUGGAGCAGCAUACUGUAUGGGUCGCAUGAAUUCUGACUGUUGGUACUUGUACACUCUGGAUUUCCCAGAGAGUCGCGUCAUCAGCCAGCCAGACCAAACCCUGGAGAUUCUGAUGAGUGAGCUAGACCCAGCAGUCAUGGACCAGUUCUACAUGAAAGAUGGUGUUACUGCAAAGGACGUCACUCGUGAGAGUGGAAUUCGUGACCUGAUACCAGGUUCUGUCAUUGAUGCCACACUGUUCAAUCCUUGUGGGUAUUCAAUGAAUGGAAUGAAAUCGGAUGGAACUUAUUGGACUAUUCACAUCACUCCAGAACCAGAAUUUUCGUAUGUUAGCUUUGAAACCAACUUAAGUCAGACCUCCUAUGAUGACCUGAUCCGGAAAGUUGUGGAAGUCUUCAAGCCAGGAAAAUUUGUGACCACCUUGUUUGUUAAUCAGAGUUCUAAAUGUCGCACAGUGCUUUCUUCGCCCCAGAAGAUUGAAGGUUUUAAGCGUCUUGAUUGCCAGAGCGCUAUGUUCAACGAUUACAAUUUCGUUUUUACCAGUUUUGCUAAGAAGCAGCAACAACAGCAGAGUUGAUUAAGAAAGAUGAAGAAAAAACGCAAAAAGAGAACACACAUAGAAGGUGGUGGCUGCUUUCUAGAUGUUGAUACUGGGGGCCACGCUUUCCAUAACCACCACCUUGUAGUUGCAGAAAGCCCUAGAUGUAAUGAUAGUGUAAUCAUUUUGAAUUGUAUGCAUUAUUAUAUCAAGGAGUUAGAUAUCUUGCAUGAAUGCUCUCUUCUGUGUUUAGGUAUUCUAUGCCACUCUUGCUGUGAAAUUGAAGUGCAUGUAGAAAAAUCCUUUGACUCUAUGAAACUUUACAACACUUGUGAAAACAAUUCGAUUUGGUUUCUGCGCAGCAUAAUAUUUCUGCAGGUAUCAUCCAAAAUUCCCCACAGACAAGGCUUUCGUCCUCAUUAGGUGUUGGCCUCAAUCCAACCAUCUGGGACUGUUCUACUGCUGCCAGGAUUUCACGUCCAGUUACCUCCACUUUCUAGAACGUAUUCUCUACUAAUGUUAUUGAAACCAAUUUCUACUUCAUACAGAUGUUUUUUGCAACAGCAAUUAAAGUUUUUCUUCACAAGUUGAUUCCUCUGAAAAUGAUUGCAGUUACUCAUUUUGUGUAUUUCUAUUUUAACAUAAUUGCUCCCUGCAUUUGUACUUUGAUUGAAUUUUUCCCUUACCAUGGUGUCUGCCCAAGUCCCCCAGAUAAAGCAAUACACUGUCACACUGUGGGUUUAUAUAUUACUCCAAUAACCAUUUGGGAAAGCACGGGUAGUCCCUGGGCUGAACUUUCUUUCUAAAGGCAUGAUUUUUAGUCUCCUUUUAGUUGGCAUGGAGUUUUUGGAAGAAUGCAAAGACAAACCUACCUAGUUUGAUUGGCAAGGAAGACCAUAGAAAAUUUUAGAUUGAAAUAAGGGUGUCCUGGCCCAACUAUGUGGAAAAUAUACUAUUUGGACAAAGGCUGUGCUGGGUUCAAUGAGUCAGUUUGGAUUAUUGACCAUAACAUUUGAUAGCAUAGUAUAAAGUUUCGUUCAAAGCAGAGUCAGUGUCUUGUCCAUCUCCCAGCUUAGAAGUUGUGUGACUUUGUAAAGGAUGUGAGUGUUCUAACUUCACAUGUGCCUCUACUACCUUUGACCAAGGAAAUCGCUGGAUCAAAUGAAUGACUGCUCACAACAAGAAUUGUGCCGCUUAUUCAGAAGUACUGCAAACCAGAAGACAUGAGUGAAAUACAAUGUAGAAUUCUGAAUGACUAGAAAUGUUUCCAAGAGUUGACAUCUUUUGGCUAUAUUUUCAAUUGCUGUGGAAUGCAAGCAACUGGCAGAACAGAAAUGUAGAGUAACUUUCCUUUUUAUCAUGUUCUCACAACAUUAUGUUAAGAUAAUUUCUGGACUGACACAGUGAUGUUUUGUUCCUUCCGUAUUUAUAAAUGAAGCACCUUUUUUUAGUGUUUCUAAGCAUAAGAUCUACUUGGUUUGAAAUCAAGUGGUUGGGACACUGUUUUGACUUCUAGUUGGAACACGUGUUGAUGGACAGUUUCCUUGAAGCUUUCAGUCAGUGGGAUCCAUUUGAUUCUGUAAUGAGUACAGCACCUAAAUAUUUUGAGUUGCUGUCUUGAGGACCAAUACUGAAAGUGGAUUUUGUUCUUGAACAGUAUCCCAGUAGAUUUAAUGAUGGUUGUUGGUUUGAGGUCUGAUUUUCUUUUUAAUACAUUUAAGAAUUCUGAUGUGGAAAUCUUGCACAAAUUUGUAUGGAACAAGGCGUACAGAAAUGAAAGCUGUAGAUUGAAUACUAAUCCAAUCUUAGUGUGAUAGAGGAGGAAACGUUUGGUGCCAUAAUUUCUCCCUUCAUUGGUGUUGGACUUCAAUUGAUUGAAAUGUAUUUCUGUACCACAAUUUAAGCUUCAAUAAAAAUUUGCUUGAUUAA